GAAGCGGGACGUUUGUCGCUGAGGCAGUUCCGAAAGUCUUGCACGAGGAAUGGCCUCAGAGGGGAAGAACAAGCUUCAGAAAAAGAAAAGCGCGAGGCGCACAGCGCGCGCGGAGGACCGCGGAGGGAGCGAGGCCGGGGACUACCUGGUGGGACAGGUCGCCGACAGCCUGUUAGGCGGCUUGCGCGCUCCGCGAGGUAGCGACACUACGCUGACCGCCCUCUUCAGCGCCUCCACGCCGCGGGCCCGCCCGGUGUACGUCCCCGCGCCUCAGGAAGCCUCGCGGAAGCGGGGGCGCGAGCCGCGAGAGGAGAGCCCACCCCAGGGUCGCAGGCCACUUUUGCAGGAACCUGCAAAAAAGACGAAAGCGAGGAAGAAACUGUCCGAGGCGGAGGCCAGGUUGGCCGACAGGGAAAGUGCUCUAGCAAGUGCUGAUUUAGAAGAAGAAAUUCAUCAGAAACAAGGACAGAAAGGGAAAAAUUCCCAGUCUAGUAUUAAAGUAACUGAUAGACAAGUACUUAAUGAUAUAGAUCACAGCUACAAUGUAAGUCAAAGAAAGAAAAUUGAGAUCAAUCAAGAAGAAGAAAGAUUAAAGAAUGAGAGGACUGUAUUUGUUGGGAACUUGCCUGUCACAUGUAAUAAGAAGAAACUGAAGUCAUUUUUUAAGGAGUAUGGACAAAUAGAAUCUGUACGGUUUCGUUCUCUAAUUCCAGCAGAGGGAACUCUAUCCAAAAAGUUGGCAGCAAUAAAACGUAAAAUUCAUCCCGAUCAGAAAAACAUUAAUGCUUAUAUUGUGUUUAAGGAUGAGAUUGCUGCUACAAAAGCACUGAACAGAAAUGGGGCCCAAAUUGCAGAUGGAUUUCGUAUUCGAGUUGAUCUUGCAUCUGAGACCUCGUCUAGAGACAAGAGAUCAGUAUUUGUGGGGAAUCUCCCAUUCAAAGUUGAAGAAUCUGCCGUGGAGAAGCAUUUUUUGGACUGUGGGAGUAUUGUGGCAGUGAGGAUUGUGAGAGACCCAGUUACAGGAGUAGGCAAAGGAUUUGGCUAUGUGCUCUUUAAGGACACAGAUGCUGUUCAUCUUGCUCUGAAAUUAAAUAAUUCUGAGCUAAUGGGAAGAAAACUCAGAGUCAUGCGUUCUGUGAAUAAGGAAAAAUUAAAACAGCAAAAUUCAAAUCCAGGUUUGAAAAAAGUCAUUAAACCUAAGCAGAGUCUUAAUUCUGCUUCCAAAGAUGCAGGACAUUCUAAAUGUGUAUUUAUUGGAGAAAAGGCUGUUCUGAUUAAAAAGAAAAAGAAAGGACAGAAGAAAAGUAGACAGGCUAAGAAACAGAGAAAACAGAAGUAACCAUCAGAAGCCUAUGCUCUCCUUCCUGUAGAGGACUGCUGAUUUAAGUGGAUGAACCCAGGAGUUGAGUCAGGAUGUUUAUGGAUCCUAUGUGUGAAAUAUGAAGACUUCCACAGCCUUAGUUGGUUUUCCAUCAUAAUGAUACCUUUGCAGCAUUUGUUUUUAGAUGCAGGCAAACAAGUUACCAUGGAUUAUGUGUCACUACUGAAGGUACAAGAGAUGACUUUGGACCUAAGAUGAAUGUUAAGAUUUUAAUGAUUAUUUAUUAGUUUAUAUUAGAAAUACACAUUUUUAUACUUCAGAUGGUGAUUGCAAGAAUAUUAUUACUUGGGAUGAGACUAAGUUGAAAAGUAAGUAAACUUAAAAGCAAACUUAAUACUGAUUGCACUUAGACCACGUCUAGUAGCCUCAAAGUGGGAAUGCUAAUCCCAAGUCUAGUCAUUAACCCUGAGAAAGAUUCAAAAAUUGUUGUAGAAUAUCUACUCAUUUUUCUUUCCUUGCACUUGAGACAAGUGUACUUCUGUAUUCUUAUCUCAUUCCACUAACCCAAUAAUAACUAACCAACAAGAAUAUAAAAUGAAAUGUGGCUCUCAUUUCUUACGUGUAACCAGUGACUAGAUUGGUUAUUGAAAUCCUUGGCAAAUUGGUCAUCAGUUUCCACUUUUUAUUUUAAUUUGAAAAAUGUUCUUGGAAAAUUUGUGUUCCUUAAAUAGUGUCACUGUGUAGAAUAAAAUGGUCUUUCCAGAAAAAAAAAAUCAUUUUUAAGAUAAAGUUUUCUAAUAAAAUACAGUAAGGCACAAAGUAUAAAGAAAGGUCAACAAGGGAAAAGAAUAGCACUGCAUUCACCUAGUGGCAAGCUGGUAUCCUCUCAGUUAUCUUAUCAAGCUGAGUGGUAUAUAGGAGGGAGGCCUGGUGUUGGGGGAGGUAGAUGAUGGUGGCUGAUCUCUGACAGGCAGAACCUGCAGUGAACAAAGGGUGCAGUCAAGGGAAAGUGAGUUACAGCUGAUUUGAAAAUCCUGUCUGGGAAGUUACACAGGGAAGACCUAGUGGAUCUUUAAAAUAGCUCUGUAGAGAGUUGAUAGAGCUUCAUUUUCCUGUAUCCAGGGACUGCACAUUUUAUAUUUGGUAUUCCUUAUGGCAUUUAGAAAUUUGAUUUUUUUGUAAGUAGGGUUCAGUAAGUAUUAGCCAAUCAUUGUUGAGCAUUUUGCACAUAUUUCUAGUAAAAUAAAAAUGCAACAUCUGUAGACUAUAGAUUUUAUGGCCAUAUGUAAUGUCUUUGCAUACAUUUGUGACCUAUGAAUUGGUAGUUUUUGAAAACACAACAGUAACAUUAAAAUUUUACUUCAUGUUUGUUACUGUUUAAUUGAAAUUUGUACUUUCUCUAGGCAGAAUAUGCAUGUGUUACUAUAUAGUUUAAAACAUAUGACUUACGGAAAAAGGAAUAUGUGUUUUGUAGAAAAAUCCCCAGAUAUUUUGUGUAAUUCUUUGUUACCUGAAAAAAAUUCUGUAUCAUGCUAUAUGUGAUUAAAGUUUUAGCCACAAGAGUUAUAUAUGGGUGGUCAACAGUGGCUAAACUUUUC